AUGGCAGUCGUCGAGCAAGUCAAGAAGUUGACCAGCCAAGGUACCACCAUGGCAGUCGUCGAGCAAGUUAAGAAAGAAUACGACAACUGCGCUGUCAACUACAAUGACUACAGCUCACUCCCCUUCGGGCAGCUCGAGUCUCAACUCAUCAAGAUCGCACUGGGCGAUUGCGCCGGCCUCACAGUCCUCGACCUGGGUGGCGGCACCGGCCGGUAUGCCCUCGAAGCCAUAGACUUGGGAGCAGCCAUUGUGGACGUCGUCGACAUCUCCCCCGGAAUGCUUAAGAUUGGCCAUGAGAUCGAGAAAUCUCUCAGCCGCGAAAACACCAUCCGCUACUUCGAAGCAGACGUCUCCAAGCCCCUCUCCCACCUCCCACUACAUGAAAACGGCUACGAUGUGGUGAUGGCGAACUGGAUCUUCAGUCAUGCGGAUUCCAUGGAGGUGCUGGAAGGCAUGUUUCGUAAUGUCGUCGGCUACCUUAAGCCCGGCGGUCGGUUCGUCGGCGUGCGCGACUCAAAUCCAACCAGUCCGGCGAUUUUGAACGCUAAGUAUGGAGCCAUGUAUAAAUGGGUGAAAAAGAUCCCGGGCGGGGUGAAGUUCCUGGUUAUGCUCUCCUGCACGCCACCAAUCGAGUUUGAGGGCGCGGCACUGGAGAUUAUAUAUUCGGGGUCGACGGAGAUGCAUGAGAGGUUUGGUUUGACUGAUGUUGAGGUCGUGCCGUAUGAGAGUACUGAGGUGGUACAAAAGGAUCCGGAGUUUUGGAAACUAUUUCUGGAGCGGCCCAAUUUGGCUGUCGUUAAGGCUUCAAAGAAGAUGGAAUAG